AAAAGGGCCCAAAACCUAACCACACCACCCAAAAUAAUAAAAUCACAACAACUGAUUUUUUUUUCUUUCUAUCAUUUCACCUCUUUACUCUUUGCUUUCCAAUCGAUUUCUCCAAUGCCUCGCUCCCGCCAUGUGUUGGCUCUUUUGAUUGUGAUUGCUACCAUAUCGACUGGAUUUUACGUAGCCUAUGACGCACCGGAGCGACUUGCCAUUGUUCGUCAUGAGCAAGCCAAGGCAAUAGUACCUAUUUUCGACCAAUCACCAAUUACAAAUGGUUUCGAGCAGGAACAAUAUAUUACAUAUCUCCCGCAUAGUGGUUUCCAAGCCCAACGUAUUGCGUUUGAAAAUGCGAUCAUGGUGGCUCAUUAUACCAACCGAACAUUAAUUGCGCCAAUGGCGCGCUUAGGCGCCAACUUUGACUUUGGUACCUUUGAUCAAUUACGAGAAAGGUACCUGUCACAAACUUUGGAUAGCGCCGACGGCAUCUCAGUAUCAUGGUCGACUCUUUUCGAUUUGGAGGCGUUGAAAACAAAAUACAAUGUCCGCAUUAUCGAAAAAACGCACGGCCACACCGAUGGUAGCCCAGAUACCUGGAUUGGAGAAUACCCAUCACCAGAUAUGAUUCAUUUUAUCAACAAAACACAAGCCUUGCGUAGCUGGAAAAUUUACGAUAAGCAAGAUAGCCCGUCUCCUCUUGGGUCGUACAAUUACAAGCUGACGGUUGACGAGCUCAAGUCCAUCGAUAGUCCACUCCUCUACUUUGGCUCCAUGUGGGGCGGGGCUCGGGUCAUGUACUCUCAAGCUGCAAAUCAAGCCUUCCAAACGUUUUUACGACAACACUUUAAAAUCGUGCAUCCCGCCCUCACGAAUGCCGCUGACACUGCUAUUUACGCUAUGGGAGGAGUUAAUCGCUACGUUGCGCUACAGGUUCUCAGCGUUGGUCGAGGAAAAACAAACCAUGAUCAACAGCUUGAUAAUGCUAUCCAGUCAUUACUAUCUGAGCUCGAUCUGGACGAGAUGCUGAUGGGCGAUGAUGCGUUUGCUGGUCGUGACUGUCUGGAAGAUCGUCUGUCUCCAAAGCUAUAUUUGGCCACUGAUCUAUCUUCGCCUUACUCGAACCCGAUAUUUACUCGAUUGAGAAGCCUCUUUCCCUGUGCCGUUGCCUAUCAAGACUUGGUCCAUUGGGAUAUGAUCCAAGAUCCAUUGGCAAACAUGACAGAUGACUAUGGUAGAAACAUUGGCCCCUACUUUGUGCCCUUGGUGGACGGCAUCAUCGCAUCAAAAGCUGCCAAGUUCUUUAGCCAACAAGGAAGUGGCUAUGGACAGUAUUUCCAGCAAGCCUGGCAAAUUGAGCAUCGUUAACUUGAAAAAAUGAGCCCAAGUAAUUGUAAAUAAUAGUAAAACAUCUUUCCCAUGCUCUUCUAUCUCGCCUUUUUUUUCCCAUCCUAUCACUUCUUUCCCUUUUGCAUCGUAACGUCAAGUUCAGUUAGAUUUUAUUUCCCUUUGUCUCUCUCGUCUUUUUUUUCCUUUUUAUUUUAUAUACUGUACAGUGAAUUUUUUUUUUCAUAUGUAAAAAACACCCAUGUGUCGGAUGAAUAUCAUCAUCAUGUCAUCA